CGUAGGUCGGCCAAGCUGGGGUAUCAGUCAACGUUCGUUCUCUACGGUCUUCAGCUGCACCCAAACCAAAUCAAGAUGUUCAAAAUUGUGAUGCUUUGCGCCGUCAUCGGCCUGGUCGCCGCUGUGCACCACCCAAUCGAGCACAAGCCACUGCCGAGACGCCCACUGCCCGUGCCAGUGCCCCACCCAGUGCCCGUUCAUCAUGGCGACGAGUCUCACGCCGAGACGCUGUCCCGCAAGGAUGAUGUGCGCGCCGACGGCUUUGACAGCAGCCUGGAGACCAGCAACCACAUCGUCCGCUCCGAGAGCGGCGAUGUUCACGGCAACAUCCACGGCAGCUUCAGCUGGAUCUCACCCGAGGGCGAGCACAUCGACAUCAAGUACGUGGCCGAUGAGAACGGCUACCAGCCAUCGGGCGCUGCUAUUCCCGCCAUUCCCGAGCAGAUCGCACGCUCCCUUGCCUGGAUCGCGGCGCAUCCCCAUGUGCCCGAGGUCCACAAUGUCCAUCAUCCCAACAUCCACCACUAAAGCGAUACGAGCUCCCAGAGCCGAUUGCAUUAGAUAGACUUGGAAC